GAUACAGUGUGCCGCUUUUACUCUGAAGGGUAGAAAGAGGAAGUGAGGUGUGUUUCCUAGGGGCGGGGUCUGGAUGGGGGUCAGUUUUGUGAAGUCGGGUUUCAUCUUUUCUCAGUGUUAAUAGUUUCCGUAGGUCUCAUGAGCAAACAGGUCUGAGUCUGUGUGUGAAAGGCUCAGUAUCCACGAGCUCAACGUAACGUUACCGGCACCUAUCCGGGGAUGGGGUUGAGGUGGGGGUCAUAAACCCGUUUGCGUGUCCCGGUAGAUUCUCCUUAUCUCCGCCGGCGUCAGGCGCGCGGAUGCGGAUAAAACAAGCGGCGCUGUGGGCGGAGCUAGUUUCCAUGGUGACGGGCCGCUCAAACUCAGCAGCAGGAGUGAAACGACCCGCGGAACCUCGCAGAGCGUCCGGUACCGGCGGACAGAGGCCGUUCUGAUCCCCGCGCCCCCGCUCGGCUUCCAGUGAUCUGUUGCCAUGGCAGCAGGGGCGGUGUCGGCCCCACUCAUCAUCCCCAUCACCCUCGGCGAGACCUCCAGAGGCAAGAGCCAGAUCAGCACCCGCACCCCCGUGUCCAUGCACUCAGACACUGCAGGUGCGCUCAUCUUCUUCACUCUGGAUGGGUCAAAGCCGCUGGAGACCGGCAGGUCGGCGGGCAGCAGCAGGAAGUACAGCAAGCCCGUCCUACUUCCUUCUGGGCGGGUCUCCGUCAGAGCGGUAGCUGUCACCAGCUGUGUCCGCAGCGACGGCCGGCAGAGCUCUGUGGUCACCAAGGUCUUCGUGGUGGAUCAGGCCGCGGGCAGAGACCUGCAGGACCUCCACCAGAGUCUGCCUGUUGGAACCUGUUCCUCAGAGAACCCUGCAGGUUCUCCACCACGAGCCUCAGAACUCUUUCACACUCCCCGGCGAUCCAGGGCCCCCGCCUGCUUCCUUUGGGGGUCCCAGUCUGCAGUAAACAAAGGCGGUCAUGUGACAGCUGGGAGGGAGAAGCUGAGCUCUGAGAGGUGUGCUCAGUGUCUCCAGUUUGGUCCAUCAGACCCGUUGGCCCAGUUCUGUGCUUACUGUGGAGCCCCAGUUCCCGCCCCUCCAGGCCAGACCCUGCCCCCUGCUGAACCCGGACAGGUACUGAACUCACCUGCUCCAGCCUCUGUCCAGGUGUGUGCUCAGCUGCUGUGUGUCUCCUGUAACUCUGCACUUCCUGAGAACGCACACAUGUGUUUGGUCUGCGAGGAGCCGGUCCACGUCAGCCGUGCACUUCAGCAGGUGUUGUGCGUCUCCUGUGGGAGUGGGAACCCUCCUGACAUCAGCAGAUGUUUGACCUGCGAGGGCUUCCUCUCGUCCACACCUUCUGCCCAGGUGGGGGGCGGGGCUCUGGCCAGCUGCAGGACGAUUACCUGCUCCAGGUGCAACAGUGAGAACCGCAGUGAUGCAAGAUUCUGCAACAGCUGCGGCUCCAAGACUGCUGCCAAAGUUUCACAGAAAUCCACGCCUUCAUCUGACCCCACCCCAAGCCUGAAGGUAACCCCUCCCACUGUUGACAAGCAUACACAGACCAUAGGACUCUAUUACCCAUCCUUCACUGAGCUGCAAAGAAAGGAGCCGCAGAGACAGCAAGGACCCAGAGACCCGCAGCCUCCUCUGACCGCCGUCAGCCCGGGCCGCGGUUUCUGGAGGAAGCAGUUGGAUCAUGUCUGUGGUCAUCUGAGAAGUUAUGCUCAGAACAACGCCCCCUUCAGGGCUCUCCUGGGAGAGCCUCGUUUUGGUCGGAUGGUUUCUGCAGUGAUCCAGGAAGACCAGUUUGAAGUCAGUCUGACGGUCAGCUUUGCCUCAGCUGGACUCAAACCGCAGCAGGGGGGGCCUGAAGGAGACCAUGGAACCCCAACAGGUGGAGGACCUGGACCAGCAAGUCAGACUGAGACUCUAAGCAGCGUCACAGAACGCUCUACAGACAGCAUUGAUAGAAGCGGGCCGGCCUCAGGUGUUCCUAACCUCAAACUACACGUGGAACAGGACCGCGCAAUUCUUGACAGUCAGCUGCUGAAGGAGUUAGGACCAGGUGGAGGUCGGGUCGGUACCGUCCAGCGGCUCCUCGAUCAAGGGGCGGAUCCUUCUUGCUGUGGGAGCGACGGCAGACACGCCCUGGCCGUCGCCGUGAUGAACCGUCACCCUGAUGUUCUUCCUGUUCUGCUGCAGCGAGGAGCCGAUCCGGACCAACAGUCUGGAUCGAUGAAGAACACAGGUCUGCAUGAGGCUGCAGCUCUGGGCUCUGCGGGGCUGCAGUGUGCUGCUGUUCUGCUCAGUCCAACAGGAAGCGCCGGUUUUCUCUUUAGCGCAAAAGCGGAUCAAAUCCCAGAAUUCUCACAAAAACUUGGGGUCCAUCCCGUCCCGUCCUCCCGGUUCCGGUGGAAUCCUGCUGAGAAAGUCCGUGUCAGACGGUGGAGUUGAAGCUGCUCUGAAGGCCUGGAUGAGCAACCAGAGACUCCGCCCACCACCCGUUCACGUGACUGACAGGAUUCAUGAGUACAAACACCAUCUUCAGAUUGAUCAAUGUGAUUAUUGAUCUCUGCUGUGUCCCACACUCCUAAUCCAUCAGAAUGCUGCCCCCCCCCCAUCUACAUUCACAUAAAAGCACAUGCCGGUUCUGAACGCUGUUGGACUUCAAGAACACAGCAGCCGGUUCUGAACGCCACGGUUCAGAACCGGCUGCUGUGUUCUUGAAGUCCAACAGCGUUGAAGCGAUCGCCUGAUGUUUUAGACGUGUCCAUUCCUCAGAAGCUCCACCCCCUUUCUGUCUCGUAACGUUUGACACUGCAGGUGCAAUGUGGGCGGGGCCUGUUCUCCCACCUACUCCUCCCAUCUGAUGAAGCCCCCCUGCUUUCAGAUGGAAGGCCAGCGUGAGGCAGAGGAACGCUGUGGGGGAGACGCCUUACGA